AUGGUGAAUUUUACCGUAGACGAGAUCCGCGGGAUGAUGGACAAGAAGCGGAACAUCCGCAACAUGUCCGUCAUCGCCCACGUCGACCACGGCAAGUCGACGCUAACAGACUCUCUGGUCUCCAAAGCCGGUAUCAUUGCCGGCGCCCGAGCGGGUGAAACUCGCUUCACAGACACCCGCAAAGACGAGCAAGACAGAUGUAUCACCAUCAAAUCCACCGCCAUAUCUAUGUUCUUCGAGUUGGAAGAGAAAGAUCUUGUGUUCAUUUCCAACCCUGACCAGCGUGAGAAGAACGAAAAGGGUUUCUUGAUCAACUUGAUCGAUUCUCCCGGGCACGUUGAUUUCUCUUCCGAAGUAACAGCCGCCCUCCGCGUUACUGAUGGAGCCCUUGUCGUGGUGGAUUGUGUAUCGGGUGUGUGUGUACAAACUGAGACUGUACUGCGUCAAGCUAUUGCCGAGCGCAUCAAGCCAAUUCUGUUCAUGAACAAGAUGGACCGAGCACUGCUUGAGCUCCAGCUUGAAGCCGAGGAGCUGUAUCAGACCUUCCAGCGUAUUGUAGAGAAUGUUAACGUCAUUAUCGCUACAUACAAUGACGAUGGUGGACCUAUGGGUGAGGUCCGUGUGGACCCCAGCAAGGGUUCAGUAGGUUUUGGUUCAGGUCUUCAUGGCUGGGCCUUCACUCUGAAACAGUUCUCCGAGAUGUAUGCCGACAAGUUCAAAAUCGACCUCGUCAAACUCAUGAACAGGCUCUGGGGAGAAAACUUCUUCAAUGCCAAGACAAAGAAAUGGGCUAAGCAAAAGGAUGCCGACAACAAGCGUUCCUUCUGCAUGUAUGUGUUGGACCCCAUCUACAAGGUGUUUGAUGCCAUCAUGAACUUCCGUAAAGAGGAGAUCGACGGUCUCCUCAAGAAGAUUGGUGUUACCAUCAAGCAUGAGGACUCGGACAAGGAUGGAAAAGCUUUACUUAAGGUGGUGAUGCGUUCCUGGCUGCCGGCCGGUGAAGCUUUACUUCAGAUGAUUGCCAUUCACCUUCCAUCACCAGUAGUGGCACAGAAAUACCGUAUGGAGAUGUUAUACGAGGGACCCCACGAUGAUGAAGCUGCUAUGGGUAUUAAGAACUGCGACCCCGAAGCACCUCUCAUGAUGUACGUGAGCAAAAUGGUACCGACCUCCGACAAGGGACGUUUCUACGCGUUCGGACGUGUGUUCUCCGGUAAAGUUGUGACUGGACAGAAGGCCCGCAUCAUGGGACCCAACUUCCAGCCCGGCAAAAAAGAGGAUCUGUAUGAGAAGACCAUCCAGCGUACCAUCCUCAUGAUGGGUCGUUAUGUUGAGGCUAUCGAGGAUGUGCCUUCUGGUAACAUUUGUGGUUUAGUAGGUGUUGACCAGUUCCUUGUCAAGACUGGUACUAUCACCACCUUCAAGAACGCCCACAACAUGAAGGUCAUGAAGUUCAGUGUGUCUCCCGUCGUGCGUGUAGCCGUAGAGCCCAAGAACCCCGCGGACUUGCCCAAACUGGUGGAAGGUCUGAAGCGUCUCGCCAAGUCUGACCCUAUGGUGCAAUGCAUCAAUGAGGAGUCUGGUGAACAUAUUGUGGCUGGUGCUGGUGAACUGCAUCUUGAAAUCUGUCUUAAGGACUUGGAGGAAGAUCACGCUUGCAUUCCAAUCAAGAAAUCUGACCCUGUGGUGUCAUACCGUGAAACUGUUAAUGAGGAAUCCAACCAGAUGUGCCUUUCCAAAUCUCCCAACAAGCACAACCGUCUGUUCAUGAAGGCUACACCCAUGCCCGAGGGUUUGCCUGAGGAUAUUGAUGAGGGUAAAGUGAACCCACGUGACGACUUCAAGACCCGUGCCCGUUAUCUGGGAGAGAAGUACGAGUAUGAUGUUACUGAGGCCCGUAAGAUCUGGUGCUUCGGACCUGAGAGUACAGGACCCAAUAUCCUCGUGGACUGCUCCAAGGGAGUGCAGUAUCUUAACGAAAUCAAGGAUUCUGUGGUCGCUGGCUUCCAAUGGGCGGCCAAGGAGGGAGUGAUGGCUGAAGAAAAUUUGAGAGGAGUGCGGUUCAACAUUUACGACGUUACACUACACACUGACGCUAUCCACAGAGGUGGCGGUCAAAUCAUUCCAACAACCCGUCGUUGUCUGUACGCGUGUCUGCUGACCGCCUCGCCUCGUCUUAUGGAGCCCGUAUACUUGUGUGAGAUUCAGUGUCCGGAGGUUGCCGUGGGUGGUAUCUACGGCGUGUUGAACAGACGGCGUGGUCAUGUAUUCGAGGAGUCCCAAGUGGCCGGUACUCCCAUGUUCGUAGUGAAGGCCUACCUGCCUGUCAACGAGUCGUUCGGCUUCACGGCCGACUUACGCUCCAACACCGGCGGACAAGCCUUCCCUCAGUGUGUGUUCGAUCACUGGCAGAUUCUGCCUGGUGACCCCAGCGAGCCAGGCAGCAAACCAUACGCCGUCGUUCAGGAAACGAGAAAACGGAAAGGACUGAAGGAGGGUCUCCCCGAUCUAACCCAAUACUUGGACAAGUUGUAA